GUGCUAUUUUUGAAUGAUCAGCUCUCCUCUACACAAAGUUCUACAGCUUACUUGACUAGUCAAUGCUCCUCUCUUUCCUCUGUUACUCAAAUAUACACUUCGAUUCUCUAAAAUUUACUGGAUUUUGAUAAAUCACGAUGGCCUCCUGUCUAGUAAACGUUAAGGAAGUGUGGGAUAGACAGCGCAAAAACAGCCCCAUCUAUGCUCUGCUAUUGGAAGACAUUGAGGUUUAUCAUGCCGAAACGGGCCUCAUCAAAGCAAGAUUACUUGUCAAAAGUCUCCAUGUCAACUCUAAAGGCACUUUGCACGGCACACUGUCAGCGUGCGUAGUUGACUGGGCAUCCGGUAUGGCCAUUGCUUCUCAUGGUGCUACCAGUACCGGAGUCAGUACGGAUAUGUCCGUUUCCUUCCUCUCGACAGCGAAGGAGGGAGACAUUGUGGAGAUUGAAGGGCGAACGGGAAAAGUUGGGAAAACGCUUGCAUUCACAACGGUUACUAUUUCAAAAGAGACGGAAGGGAAGAGAACCAUCGUCGUCCAGGGCUCUCACACAAAAUAUGUCCGUCAAUAGUGAGUGGGUUGCAUGAAUUGAUAAGGUUGAUAACUUAAAAUUCUUCAUUCGCAAGACCUUUUCGUCGAUCCUAACGUAUAUCUUUUCGUAUUCCUGCCUUUCGUUCGACUUCGUCGUUAAAGCCUCAGAUAGCAUAAUACAACCAAGUAGAAAACAUAUAAAU